AUGUCAACAGCCAAACGACGUAGAGGGCACUCGCUUCAUCUUGAACUUCCCAAUCGCGAUGCAGAAGAACUGCCACCGGUUGCCGCCGUUUUCCUCAUUCUUUUCGACGUCAAGGCAGGCAUGGAAGCAGUCGAUGCCUGGGUCCCUGAGACUGUGCUGACUGCUACGGUAGUAGAACUCAACGAGAGCGUGGAAUACAAAUCCCUCCCUUCUGGGCUACACAAUGUCCGAGAAGAUCUCAUAUACUUCGUCCACGACAACGGCUAUGCUGGCAUCAGUGCUUUCCUCAACGAGCCCGCCGAGGAGGCGGAUCGAAAUGCGCUCAUGCUGGCUGUAGGAGCACUGGUACCAUUGAGCUAUGGUAGGCUUGGGAAAAGCUGGAAACACGCCUCGGGAUUGAAGGAAUUGGCGAAGUGA